AUGCCGCUUGCGCCGAUGCCUCCGCCUUCCUUGGGAACGCCACCCAAGCCGCCUGCGGUGCCACCAAAGUUGCCGCCGACGAAGCCGCCGCCAACCUCGGGAUCGGACUCCAGGCCGCCAACGGUGCCCCCCCCCGUCGAAGCCGUCGCCGAUGCCGUCACCAACCCAGGAGGCCUUGACGCCAUCGCCGCCUUGCUGCGGUUGCCCCAGUCCUGCUUCGGCUUGCUCUUGAAGUCCACCUCCGCCGGCUUCUUCCGGACUGGCCUUGGGCCUCAUGUGGCGCCACACCUGCCACCACAAGGUCCCAGGGCGCCUGUCCAAGACCUCCGCCUUCAUGUCCUUGACUAG